AUGAGCGGCGUCGGCGCCGUCGGCGCUCCCCUUCUAGCAGCUCUGAGCGCUCGAGGAGCAGAAAUCGUGAUCGCAGACGCGAUCGGGAAUCCAGGUCAUAAGCGCGAGCCGCUUCGCCUUUUCCCCCACCAAUGCCUCAGCUGCCGGCAGCAGCGCCGGGAUAUGAAUGGAGGCAAGUGCCAGUGGUGCCGGUGCCGGUGCAGCCACCUUUACCGCCUCCUUCGACGCCUGCCCCGAUUUCUCCGGCAGUGCAUGUACCUCAGCAGCAGGCUGCCUGGAGUCGCCAGCCCUGGCGAGGAGGAGGCCAGCAGAAGCAGGGCCAAUGGAAUAGGCGCUGGAACCAGUGGCAUCGGCUCCACGGUCGGGCUCUCUGAAGUGGCUGCGGCCGAUGCUCGACGCGCUGCCAAAGAGGUUGAUCAGGACGAGGCGGACGACGAAGCGUCGUACCUCGCAGCCCUGUGGAAGUCAGCGCAGGAUGAGGCGCGGGCGGACCCAACUAGGCCAUUGUCGGCCCGGGAACUGGCAGAGCAGGGAAAGCUGCAAUGGUGGUGGAAGAUGCCAUGGAAGGCCGUGGUCGAAAAGUUCCCUGACACGGAUGCCUAUAAGGAGUUUUUGGAAGGCCUUGAGGGUCCGAUACCGGCCUCUGUGAUCUCGCGACUGGCAACGGUCCUUGCUGCCUUUCGAUCUUACGGCCGCCCCCUCGAGGGGGACAAUCCUGUGGCAGGAGUCGUUGGCCCAGAUGCUCACGUCUUUCGGGUCCCUGGGCAACGAAUCUUGAUUUUGAGCUGCGAGCUGAGGGGGCCGAGUUACGUUCGGAAUCCCAAUUCUGAGCAUGCUGCGGUGAUGUGCCACGGGACUUCCUUCCCGUCGUUGAUUGGGGUUGCUGAGAUCGGCGAAAUUGCCGUCAAUGAUUACAGGGAGCAGGGCAUGCCUUGCUUUGGAUUCUCGGCACGCGGUGCGUUGGUCGGCAUGUCCCGGGAUGCGAUGGAGAGCGCGGCGACCAAGUGCGCUAGCCGCACGAAGGCGCUCGGGGGCGCGAUGAUCAUCGUGGAGUGCGAAUUGCCACGGAGCACCCCUUCUGUGGAAGGGGGUAAUGACAUGAUGCAGAGCUCUUGCCGGCUUGCCGGGACGCUGGAUCGGUCAGGUCGGGGGAUCACUUCUUGA